AUGGUUUGGCGACGGCCAGUUGCCGCUAUUGGCGCCUCGCGGCCACUCGUGUCGCCUGCGUGUCUUCGUUUUAUUAGUGGGGCUCUUCCAUCGCCUUCGACGUCUGCGCGGCAGCAUCAACUGCACAUUGCCUGCGAUGCCAUCUACCGUAGCGGCACAGCGCGGGAGGCUCUACGUCAGGCGAUACACGAGCCGUCGCACGAAAACGCCCUCCGCUUGCUUGAAGAGUUCGAAAAGGAUCCCGGCGUCUGGCGCGACGAGGCGUGGGCCACCGCCUUCCAAAACGCCUCUUCACACCUGUCAAGGCAGAUGGACCUUUUGCUUGUCCGCUUCGCGCAGUGGCAUACGGUGCGCAAGGCGCCAACCAAGGUUGCAAUGCACGCUCCAUGGGACUGGUACCCACAGGCGCGUCUCAUGCGCCGCCGCUUUAUCUUCCACUACGGCCCCACUAACAGCGGCAAGACGCACGCUGCGCUAGAGGCGUUGGUACGGGCACGCAGCGGCGUCUACUGCGCUCCUCUCAAGGCGCUGGCGACGCAGGUAUGGUACCGCGUAAAGGAACGCGUGCCGUGCGACCUGCUCAUUGGUGACGAGCGCGUCUUUGACGGAGCCGCGGAGCACGUUUCAUGCACGGUAGAGAUGGCGCCGGUGGACGUGCAGGUGGACGUUGGAGUCGUGGACGAGAUUCAGAUGAUGGCGGAUCGCGACCGCGGCUGGGCAUGGACACGCGCACUUCUUGGCCUGCCCGCGCGCGAGAUUCACCUAUGCGGAGAGGCUCGGGCAUUGCCGCUCAUUCAGAAGCUGCUCUACGCAACCCACGAGCGGAAGAGCUUGUUACUAGUGGAGCACAAACGUCUUGUGCCGCUGGCGGUGUUCCCGAGUCUUUGCUCUAGGCUGCAGCCGGAAACGGUGGAGAACGGCGACUGCUUCGUCUGCUUCUCCAAGAAGGAAGUGCUCGACCUGCGGGACAAGCUAAAUCGUCUUCCUGGCGUGACGAGCUCCGCUAUCUACGGCGUCAUGCCAUUCCAAGUGCGAGAGGCUGAGGCUGCACGCUUCAAUCAUGGCGUCGCCGAGUACAUAAGCGCCUCCUCCACCUGCGUCGCCAACGCGAGAGACAACGCAGCAAGCCCCACUACCACGUCGCCGCGAAGCUCUCAAUCUCGUGUGUCAUCGCCGGAAGCGGCGAUGCCCACAAAACACGUUCUUGUUUCCACCGACGCCAUCGCCUUUGGUCUUAACAUGAACAUCGAACGCAUCGUUUUCACCACACUGCGCAAGUUCGACGGCAACGGCAUGAUCGAACUGCCUGACGCGACUGUUCAGCAAAUUGCAGGGCGCUCCGGUCGUUUUGGCCUCACUCGGCAGCAUGCCGUGGGCCGCUGCACCGUACUGCACGAGCGCGACAUGACAAAGUUUAGCGCCGCUAUGUCUGCACAGCUGGCGCCGCUCGGAAAGGCGGGGUUGUUACCCACAGGUGACGUUCUUCAGCUCUUUGUCGAGCUGGAUGCUGCCAAGGCGCGUAAGGCGAGUAAGGCAACUCUAGAUUCAAAUGGCGGAUCGUUUUUCGAGCUCAUGUCGAGGUUCGCUGCCUCGUGCACGGCGUCGGAGCACUUUUUUCCCUGUGACAUUCAUCGCUCUCUGCUGCGGCUGGCCGAGCUUCUCGAGCCGGUGCGCGAUCUUUCCUUGGCAGAUCGCAUUCUGUUCUGUUAUCUUCCGCUGAGCGAUACCAGCGCGGCGUCGCUGCAGCUGAUUGUGGCCUACGCCACCGACCACGCAGCGGGGAAACCAGUGACAUUGCGGUUCGACGUUUGGUGCGCGGAGCUUAUGAAGCAGGUUGAGCGAGGGGAUCCGUGUGAGGAGGGAGAGACACCGCAGCACCGGAGGUUGCAGCAACGCUCUGCGAGAGAACUGGCUACCGAGCUCGAACGGUGUUUUCGACGAGCAGAGAUGUACUGCUGGUUGUCCUGGCGUUUCGGCAAGACUUUUGUGGAGCGGGAGAGAGGGCUUGAGCUGAAGGCGUCCAUCGCCGCUGCCUUGGCACGACUGAACGGGUCUGCGUGA